AUGCUGUCUAUUUUUUCUGAUAUGAUUAGAAAAUGUAUGGAAAUUUUUAUAGACGAUUUUUCUGUUUUUGGUAAAUCAUUUGAUGAAUGCUUAAAUCAUUUACAGCAUGUACUUGAGAAAUGCAUAGAGAAAAAAUUAGUUUUGAGUUGGGAGAAAUCACAUUUUAUGGUUAGAGAGGGAGUUGUGUUGGGUCAUAUUGUGAGUGAAAGGGGUUUAGAGGUGGAUAGAGCAAAAAUUGAUAUUAUAUCUAAAAUGAAAUCUCCAAAUUUAGUAAAACAGAUUAGAUCUUUCUUGGGUCAUGCAAGUUAUUACAAAAAAUUUAUUCAAGAUUUUUCGAAAAUUUCUAAACCUCUCACCAUGCUAUUAUCUAAAGAUGUGCCUUUUAAUUUUGAUGAGAAAUGUUUUGAGUCUUUUUCUGAAAUAAAAAGAUUACUUACUGAGGCACCCAUUUUACAAGCUCCUGAUUGGUCCCUUUCCUUUGAAAUAAUGUGUGAUGCAUCGAAUUAUGCAGUGGGGGCUGUUCUAGGACAAACAAAAGAGUCAAAACCCAUAGUAAUUUCAUAUGCUAGUAAAACUAUAUCCGAUGCUCAAUUAAAUUAUACCACGACUGAAAAAGAGUUGUUAGCUGUAGUAUUUUCGUGA